AUGACAGUACACGCUGAUCAAAUAGUUGGUCUAACUUCUCCAAGAAUUUCAAAUCUCCAUACUUGUACUGGUAAUAUUGGCAAUCCACCAGAGAACAUAGAGGUUGAGAUGCGGUUGGCAGGAGACUCAAAUUAUCAAACAAUAUACCCAAGUUAUACAACCAAAACAGAAUCAACAGUUAACUGUAGAAUAACAAGAGUCAUAAAGUUUUGGAUUGGUUUUACUACGAUAAUGUACAAUGCAACAAUUAGAUGUAAAUUGACCAACGACCUCAAUCCAGAUGAUUCGCCGGCAUAUUCUAAUCCUGAAAUGCUUUUUCUGGUUUCUGAUGACUUUUGUUACCAGGAUUAUAACUUUACCACAACUAACAAAUAUCACCAUCCGACAACCUCUCAUAGAUUUGUGACUUGUGUAGGGAAUAAACCAUACGUCAUUGCAUGUCCAAGUAGUCUUUGUUUUAGUGUAGAAAACGAUUAUUGUGAUGAUUGCUCUACAGUAGAAACAUUUGCGUAA